AUGGAGCGCCACUUUGAAGAGCACUAUUUUAGAGUUCUCAAAAAAAAGUUCAGUCUCAUCUGGUUUACAAAUCAUCCUGGAUUUGCAACUCAUUGCUCAUGCUCUUCCUCCGGCAUGACUUGUGUGGCAGACUUCUUCACCAUAGAAACCACCAAAUCUGUAGUGGUGAGAGGUGAAGGCUGGACCAUCGGCGUUAUCAACCGAGCUGUCCAGUUGCUCAUCAUUUCCUACUUCAUUGGAUGGGUGUUCCUGCAUGAGAAGGCCUAUCAGAUAAGGGACACCUCAAUUGAGUCCUCUGUGGUGACAAAGGUGAAGGGCUUUGGCAAGUACAGCAACCGGGUAAUGGACACUGCUGAUUAUGUUACACCUCCACAGGGAACAUCAGUCUUUGUUAUCAUCACCAAGCUCAUUGUGACAGAGAACCAGGUACAAGGUUUCUGCCCUGAGAACCAAUCUGACUACAAAUGUAAAUCGAACAACGAUUGCAAGAGGCCUGUCCCCACCACAGGAGGGGGGAUCCUAACAGGUCGGUGUGUUAAUUACAAUGCCACUUUCCAGACCUGUGAAAUCCAGGGCUGGUGCCCAGCAGAGGUGGACAAUGUGGAUGUACCUAUCAUGCUAGAAGCAGAAAACUUCACCCUCUUUAUUAAGAACAGUAUACGCUUUCCACUGUUCAACUUUGAAAAGGGAAACCUCCUUCCCAACCUCACAACUGAAAAUAUUCAGAAAUGCCGUUUUCACCCAGUAAAGCAACCAUUCUGUCCUAUCUUGCGCCUUGGGGACAUUGUGAAAUUUGCAGACCAAAACUUUUCCUCGUUAGCUAUGACGGGUGGAAUAAUUGGGAUCAAGAUUGGAUGGGUUUGUGACUUAGACCAUUCUGAGGAGCACUGCAUCCCCCGCUAUUCCUUUAAUCGGCUCGACAGUGUCUCUGAAAGGAGCAGAGUCUCUAAAGGAUACAAUUUCAGGUAUGCCAAGUACUACAAACGAGAGAACGGCACAGAGUUCCGCACGUUGAUGAAGGCAUACGGCAUUCGUUUCGAUGUUCUGGUUUAUGGGAAUGCUGGGAAGUUCAAUAUCAUCCCAACCCUCAUCAAUACUGUGGCAGCCUUCACAUCCGUUGGGGUGGGGACAGUCCUCUGUGACAUCAUUCUUCUCAACUUCCUGAAGGGGGCAGAUCAAUAUAAGGCCAAGAAGUUUGAAGAGGUAUCAGAGAAAGUGUUGCAUCCAGAUACUACCAGCAGCCCUGUUUACCAGAGUAACCAAACACUGGGAGGUCGUUGUGAGGAGAAGCAAUCGACAGAUUCUGGAGCCUUCUCAAUUGGGCUCUGACACACAAGGAACCUGGAAAAGGACUUUAACAACUUAUCUAUCAUUCUCUAUGUUAUUGGUACUA